UUCUACUCGCAAUUCAUUAUCGGUCGGCAUUGCCUGCGCGCGCGCUCUCUCUCUCUCCUCUCUUUCUCACUGACCGUCGUUUCGCUGAAACACGCCCUGUGAGCUUGCUCGAAGUUGAGGUUCACUACCGUUUCUCAUGGCUAACAGGCAUACCAUCCUUCUCAUGCAAACAUCGCAGAGCAGGGCAACUAGGACUUUUAUGGAUUUUGAUUCAAUAAGUCAAGCUAUGGACGGUAUAUGUGGGCUAUAUGAAAGGAAGCUUAAGGACUUAAAUCCAGCCAUCAGAAAUAUUACUUAUGAUAUUGCAGAUCUCUACAACUUCAUUGAUGGCCUCACUGAUAUGAGUGCACUAGUAUUUGAACAUUCAAUACAGGCCUUUUUGCCUUACGAUCGGCAGUGGAUUAAACAAAGGGUAUUUCAACACCUGAAGAAACUAGCACAUUGAGACAAUUAUGAACUGCUGCAGCUGUUCUCAAUGACAUUCUAAACUUCUGCUGCAUACUAUCAGGUUUAAAAGGCACUUGUAUGAAGUGUAGAAAUUUGUCUCGUCUUAUCUGCCCCGCGUAUGAUCCCGGGGUUUCUGUGAUACACGAAUCCAUACUUCCCUGUGUGCAUCUGUGUCUAAAGGGUAUUUGAUUGUGUUUUCCCUAUCCUUUACAGAAAGUAUCUGUUAUGGUCUACAAGAUCAUUGCCUGAUGAGCUCCAUUGUUUUGGGAUAUAAUGCAGAACCUUGAUUGAUCCUAA